UCUCAUUCACACACUUAGUCCAUUAACUAAGACCCAACCCAACCCUCACUCACACACAUAGCCCAUUAAUUAAGACCAACCCAACCCAACUCUCAUUUAACCCAAAUAGAAAAAUCCCAAAAAUCAAAACCCUCAUUCUCGAUCUAUCAUCCAACUCUCCAACCCAACUACUUGCCUCCCCAACCAAGUUGACGACAAAUGAGAAAUCCAGAAAUCUCUAAGAUCGAUUGCUUGAGAUCGAAAUAACUAGUGAUUUGCAACAAGUGGUCCCGUGUGUUGGCAACUUGGGAGGAUAAAAAGAGCUGCAAUAGCCGAUAGAGGAGAGAUAAAUAUAAUGGAGAGAUUUUUUAAAAGGAAACUCACACAUGAAAGUGGAAGUGGAAGUUCAAGCGGCAAUUCUUCUUCAAUCCCAAAAGAGGUUGAUUUGAAUAAUCUCCCUUCGGAUCCCGCUGAAAGGAAAAAAAUUUCAGAAUAUCACCCAAAUCAAAUUGAUGAAAUCAGGAGAGCAUAUUUGAUUAAGGGGCCUUGUCAACCCCGUGGCCAUGAUUUUCCAAAAAAAGUCAUUGCAAACAAGCAGCGUCGAUUUAAUUCUGUGUGGUUUGAUCAGUAUGAAAAUUGGUUAGAGUAUAGCAUAAAGGAAGACAAAGCAUAUUGUCUCUGUUGUUACUUGUUUAGAGAUCACUUUGGAAAACAAGGUGGGAGUGAGGCGUUUGUAACGGAAGGGUUUUCUUCUUGGAAUAAAACAGAGAGACUAGCUGCCCAUGUUGGUGUAGUCAAUAGUGCUCACCAUAUAUCAUUGAAGAAAUGUGAAGAUCUAAUGAGACAAGAGCAAUCCAUUGCGACUGCUUUUCGUAAGCAAUCAGAAAUUUUGAGAAAUGAGUAUCGGAUUCGCCUAAAUACUUCUAUCGAUGCUUGUAGAUUUUUGUUGCGACAAGGGUUACCAUUUCGUGGUCAUGAUGAGUCUGAGGACUCUACUAAUAGAGGAAAUUUUAUUGAAUUGAUAAAAUAUACUGCUGACCAGAAUGAAACUAUUAGUAAUGUUGUGUUGCGAAAUGCUCCACAAAAUCAACAAAUGGUUGCUCCUAAGAUUCAAAAAGACAUUGUUCAUUGUUUUGCACAUCAAGUAGUGCAAAUUAUCAUUCAAGAACUUAGGGAUGAUUUUUUUGCAGUAUUAGUUGAUGAAUCUAGCGACGUGUCUGGAAAAGAACAAAUGGCUAUAGUCUUGCGUUUUGUAGAUGAACAUGGACUUGUUAAAGAGAGGUUUAUUGGUGUUGUUCAUGUGAUGGAGACUUCAGCUUUGUCCUUGAAAGUUGCCAUUGAUUCUUUAUUUGCUGAUCACGGGUUGAGUUUGAUGAAAGUUAGGGGUCAAGGCUACGAUGGAGCAAGUAAUAUGAAAGGUGAAUUCAAUGGCUUGAAAAGCUUGAUUUUGAAUGAAAAUGAGUCUGCUUAUUAUGUUCAUUGUUUUGCACAUCAACUUCAAUUAGCUCUUGUGGCUGUUGCCAGAAAGCAUGUUGAUAUUGCGGAUUUUUUCAAUAUGAUCUCUACUUUAUUGAAUGUUGUGGGAGCAUCGUGUAAGCGUCGAGACAUGAUUCGACAAAGUCAAGCAGAACAAAUUGCACAAAAAUUUAGUGAUGGUGAGAUUGAAACCGGAAAGGGGUUGAAUCAAGAGUUAAGUCUCAAAAGAGCUGGGGACACACGUUGGGGGUCCCAUUACAAAUCAUUGUUGAACUUGGUUGCUUUAUUCUCUUCUGUUAUUGAAGUGCUAGAAAUUGUUUCAUGUGAUGCUACAGAUUCUACAAAAAAAGCUCAAGCACGUGGCCUUUUGAGAUAUUUGCAGUCAUUUGAUUUUGUAUUCAAUUUGCAACUGAUGUUGACUAUGUUGGAGAUUACAAAUGAAUUGUCAUUGGCUUUGCAAAGGAAAGAUGAAGACAUAUUGAAUGCUAUUGCACUUGUCAAAGUAGCCAAGGAGCGUUUGCAAAAUGUAAGGGAUGAAGGAUGGGAAUCUCUCCUAGGUAAGAUUUAUACCUUUUGUAAUGCCAACAAGAUUUCAAUGGUAAACAUGGAGGAAGAGUAUGUUGAUUUUUAUCAUCCACGACGAAAAAGUAAUACUACUAAUUUGUAUCACUAUCGCGUGGAAUGUUUUUAUAUGAUUGUUGAUAUGCAACUUUUGGAGCUUAAUGAUCGCUUCAAUGAGGUCAAUUCUGAGUUGCUUCUUUGCGUGGCUAGCUUGAAUCCUUGUGAUUUAUUUCAUGAUUUUGAUUCAGCAAAAUUGAUGAGGUUGGCUCAAUUUUAUCCCGAUGACUUUUCUCUUAUUGAUUGCAUGACUCUUGAGCAUCAAUUAGAAACAUAUAUUGCAGAUUUACGAACAGAUGAAAGAUUUAGUCAGUUAAAAGGGCUUGGUGAUCUUUCUAGACUGCUAGUGUCUACAAGGAAGCAUAUUUCAUAUCCUUUGGUGUAUCGACUUCUGAGGUUAGCAUUGGUUUUGCCUAUAGCAACAGCAAGUGUUGAAAGAUGCUUUUCUGGAAUGAAUAUUAUCAAGACAGAUUUGCGCAACCGGAUCAGUGAUCAAUUUAUGAAUGACUGUCUAGUAUCUUACAUAGAAAAGGAGUUACUCGGAACUAUUACUAAUGAUGUUGUAAUAUCGCACUUUCAAAAUAUGAAAACUCGUAGAGAACAAUUGUAAUAAAUUAUAAUGUAGUAUUAA